AUGAGCUCCACCACGUUUCUUCCAUCUCGGAGCCUCUGCUGCAUCACUGAGGGGACGCCUGUGGAGGCGAUGGAGCAGAACCCGGCUCAGGCGCGGCAGCCGGUCGGCAACGUGUUGCAGAACCCCCCCCCUCCCACCAUCACGCCGGCCGUCCCCCCCUUCGUGAAGCUGGGCCUGACUGUCGCCUACACCGUCUUCUACUCACUGCUCUUCGCCUUCGUCUACGCUCAGCUCUGGCUGGUCCUGCGGUACCGACACAAGCGCUUCAGCUACCAGACGGGCUUCCUGUUCCUGUGUCUGCUGUGGGCCGCUCUACGCGCCCUCCUCUUCUCCUUCUACUUCAGGGACUGCGUGACGGCCAACGCUCUGGGACCCUUCGCCUUCUGGCUGCUCUACUGCUUCCCCGUCUGCCUGCAGUUCUUUACCCUGAGCCUCAUGAACCUCUACUGCGCACAGGUUUACUUCAAGGCGAAGUCCAAGUCCUCGCCUGCGCUGCUGAAGUACAGGCUCCCUCUGUACCUGCUCUUCCUGGGCGUCAGCCUCCUUUUCCUGGUGGUCAACCUGGUCUGUGCCCUGCUGGUCAAGAUGGCGGCUGCCGACGUCAAGGCCGUGGUGCUGGUGAGGGUCGCCGUCAACGACAGCCUGUUCGUCCUCUGCGCCGUCUCUCUGUCCGUGUGCCUCUUCAAAGUGGCCAAGAUGUCGCUGGCCAGCAUCUACCUGGAGGCCAAGGGGACGUCCGUGUGCCAGGUGACGCUGAUCGGCGUCUCGGUGGUGUUGCUCUACGCGUCUCGAGCCUGUUACAACCUGGUGGUGCUCGCACUCGCCCACAUCGAGAGCAUCAACACCUUCGACUACGACUGGUACAACGUCUCAGAUCAGGCCGACCUACGCUCGUCGCUGGGAGAUGCCGGUUACGUCGUCUUUGGGGUGAUUCUGUUUGUGUGGGAGCUGCUGCCCACCUCACUGGUCGUCAUCUUCUUCAGGGUCCGACGGCCUCCUCAGGACCGGGGCACAGUCGGGCUUCCGAACCACGUCCUGUCCUCUAGAGGGUACUUCUUCGACAACCCUCGUCGCUACGACAGCGACGACAACCUGGCCUGGAGCAUUCCUCCCCACAAUGCAUCAGCGAGUCUUUCCUCCAGCCGUCACAGCAGCUUCACGAGUCACUGCAACAGUGACGAGCAGCGUCUGACGUCGACCGGAGAGCUCCGCCCCUUCCCCUGACUCCACCAGUUACUGUCAGAACUAUAGAAAAUCAGUGUUCAUCACAGUGACUAAAUGCACCGUGUCUCAGGGUGACUGAGCUGUAAAUAACCAGAUUCAUCAUUUGUCAUCGGCGAUAAAAGGAAGGUGUGAGCAGGUCUGAGCUAACGAGCUGCAGCAGCAUUAGCCUUUAGCAUCACGUUUAGCUCACUGCACCUCUGCUGGAGUCCAGACAAGAAGGGAAUGCGUCAGGUCGUGGAUGGUUCUGGGAUGAGUGCUUCAUAAUAUCGACCAAGAGGCUCCAGAUGUGACAGGGAAGCAGGAGGUGGCGACUGUAAAAGUUCUAGUUUGACCUCUGUUCUCCUCAGAGGACUUGAUGAAGGGAUGAAACUUGAAACAUGGUUGUGAUGAAGGACACGUGAAACUGCAGAUCGUUUUGACACAAAGCAGGAAGUGAGACUCUGAGCUCUACAUAAACUCAUGUUAUUUUGAACAUUUGUAUAGUUUCACUAAGAUGACGUAUUGUGUUGUUGUGUUUGACGACAAUGUUAGUGUCUGAAAAUACAAAUUCUAAGGUUCUGAUCCUUAAGUGUCCAGUUCUGAUCAGAGCAGAUCCACAUUUAAACUAAAAUUUGUCAUUCAAACAUCUUAAACACUGAAAGGUUUCAGGAAUAUUAAUCGUUACAAGUUUCUGUUUCGGAACGGAUCAAACUGGAAAAACAUCCGAGUCUGAUAUUAAUGUUUGGACAUUUAAGAGUCAACAUACAAUAAACAUUUAAUGUGGGCAAUAAAUUUAAAUCAAUAGUUCAGUUCAAAGUUCAACUCAUUUUAUAAACUUGCUCAUUGACUAAAAUAGAGAUAAAUGUAAUGAAUGUAACAAAAUAAAAAUGACUGCAACUAAUGUUUCAUUGAGAUAAAUUAUUUUAAUCCCAUGAUGACUCAGCAAAACAUCAAAUUAAACUUUUCAUGAACAAAUUUUGGACUUGCACACUUUCAAACUUCAAUUUUCUCCAAUUCCAGUCAUAAACUCAUCUGAGUUUAAACAACAAAAUGCACAGCUGCAUUAAAGGCAGGAAGGAACAGGCAUCACCAGGUCACACGGUGUCAUGGCAGAAACUAAGCUAAACGUUGCAAAUAACAGGCAACUCAACAGUCUUUGGUCCAGCUGACACUUCAAUAAACAACAGCAUUAAAGCGGAGACACAAACGGAACAAAGCAGUUCCACGGUUGGAGGCUGAGACUCACUGAUUGACAGGUUCUUCAGCCUCGAGAACAAACUCUGAUUUGCCUCCAGGAACUGGGCUCGUUUCACCCUGCAGCUGUGACUAGAGAGCGAACACAGACGCCGGGAUCUGCUCAGAGUCCGCACAUGCUUUAAACUUCCUUCUGUCAAAGCUUUAGUUUCAAGUCUGAACCAUCAAAGACCACAGACAAAGUAAACGUGAGGAGUCUAAGACCUAGCAACUAACACUGAUUGGGUCUAAAAGCGGGAUGUUGACAGUAACAAACUUAAAGCACCUGAACAACAGAAGCUGCUCGUCCCAAAGACACUUCAGCAGCAUGGCUCUCUCUCACACACACACACACACACACACACACACACACACACACACACACACACACACACACACACACACACACACACACACACACACACACACACACACACACACACACACACACACACACACACACACACACACACACACACA